AGAUGUCUACCCGGUAUCACCAGGCAGCUGCUGAUGGCAACCUGGAGUUGCUGAAAGAAGCCACCCGAAAAGAUCUCAACACUUCUGACACGGACGGCAUGACGCCCACCUUGCUGACUGCUUAUCAUGGACACCUGGAAGCGAUGGAAGUCAUUUGCCGAAGAGGAGGGGAUCCAGACAAGUGUGACAUUUGGGGGAACACCCCUCUCCACCAUGCCGCCUCCAAUGGCCACAUCCCUUGUGUUUCCUUCUUGAUCAACUUUGGUGCCAACAUCUUUGCCCUGGAUAACAACAUGCGCUCUCCUCUGGAUGCAGCUGCCAGCAGGAACCACUACGAAUGUGUCCGAAUCCUUGACAAUGCUGCUAUGGAGAUGAACAUCAAGAACCCCAAAAGAACCUCCCGCCUGAAGGCCCAGGCCCAGCGUGACGCAGAGAAGCAGAUCCAAGAAUGUGAACGGCGCCAAGAGAAACAUGAAUAUGAAAUGACCAGGCAUUACAACAGGACACAAGCUGCAAGAGGAACAACCACCCGGAUGCGCGUGUCAAAUUUUUUUACCUCUGGUUCAUUAGGGGCGCUACCCAAACAUUUGAAGGACACCUUCAGGCGAAGGGCAAAAAAGGAGGAGGAUCCAGGUGACCAGGACACAGAGUACAGAAACCAAGCAAAGGACAUUCCGGCGAGUCGAACAACUGUGAUGGGUAUGUUCAGUGAAAAUGAAGAGGAAGAAUUAGAAAACCAAGGCACAAGUGAUAUUUCUGAAGAUGAACAAAAGUCCAUUUUUAAUCGCCCUGGUCUUGGUAAUAUUGUUUUUAAAAACCACUUGGCCUCAGGCAUAACUGCAUUGCCUGAGAAAGAAGAGGUCAGUUUCCAAAUACCUGACGAACUGUUUCAGUUCAAAAGGGCUGAAGCUGUUGACGACCCAGAUCUGGGGAACGAUCCUGAGGAACCUUGGAUGGAAGAAGAAAUUGGGUGGGAUGACGGAAGCACAGAGACCACCCCCCUUGAAGUCUUUCUGGCAUCGCUGGACCUGAAUGAAUUCCUUCCUAUCUUGAUGAGAGAAAAUAUCGAUUUAGAGACGCUCGUGCUGUGUUCUGAUGAAGACUUCCGGAGCAUACAGAUGCAGCUGGGUCCAAGAAAGAAGAUCCUCCACGCAGUAGACAGAAGGAGGCAAGCACUGGCAAAGCCGGGCAAGGCAGAAGACACCAAGUUGUAACUUACAAAGCCCACUAAUUCAAUCCAUUUUUGUGGUUUGGUGGACUUCAUGUUAAGAGUUUGGCUAAGAGGAUUCAGGGCCAAGCACAUGGAAAUACAGAGAAAGGUGGGACACCAGCCAGUCUUUAGAAGAACAGAUGCAUUCGUUAGAUUUUUCAAAAAUGUAUUUAUUUUCAGAAUAGCCAAGUCAAAUCAGCAAACAGUCUUGUCUCUACAAGAAUAAUCAAAUUGCUGAUGACAACAGAGACCGUAGAAAGAUUUUUAAAAACUUUUCUGUACAGAGCUUAGGACGACUAAGGUUCUCUUUCAUUUUAUUCUCAGUAGUCAGACUUCCUUGUACAGCUAGGGAGUCCCCCAGGUAGGCAGAGACUGUUUAGCUUUCUUCAUCAGUUUAUGGACACCUUAAACAAGGGUGCUAGCAUGGCACAACAGCAAUAUCCUCAUAACGUUUUGGUGUGUAAUGUUCCAGGCCGCUAACUAUGGUACAAAACAUAAGCUCAGGUUGCACUAUGUACAUGUCUGCAGAUGUGCUUUGGAUUGAAAGUGAGUUCUACCCUCAGCUCCUAGAUCCAGUGAGACCUGCAAAGUUUCAGCAAUUAAUUGGUGUGAAAUCUUUUUAGUCAUUAAGAAACAUCUCCUAGUUAACUGGGCAGCAGGGCGAUAUUGUCCUCUACGUGUGGGCUGCCCUUGUCCCAAAGCUGGCGACUUCAGCUAGUGCAGAAUGCUGCAGCCAGGCUGCUAAUGGGAAUUCAUUUAUGGGAGCACAUUCAGCCUGUGCUGGAAGUGUUGCACUGGCUACCGAUAGUGUACUGGAUUCGCUUCAAGGUGCUGGUCAUUACCUUUAAAGGCUUCUAUGGCGAGGGUCCUGCAUACCUUAGGGAUUAACCUGUGGAAUUCACUGCCACAGGAGGUGGUGGUGGCUACAGGCAUAGCCAGCUUUAAGAGGGGAUUGGAUAAAAAUAUGGAGCAGAGGUCCAUCAGUGGCUAUUAGCCUGAUCCAACAUGGCUUCUCUUAUGUUCUUAUGACCGCCUUUCCCUGCACAUGCCCCAGCGAGCACUUUGGUCUGGGUCUCAAAACCUGCUGGCAGUUCCCAGCAUCAGAGAAUUGAGGCUCAAAUAGUAGUAGUAGACCUUUAUUGGCAUUGAGAGGCUCAAAUAAACGAGAGCCAGGGCCUUUUCUGUUGCUGCCCCUAGCUGGUGAAAUGAGUCGCUGGAGGUCAGGGCCCUGCAAGAGCUCCCCCAGUUCUGCAGGGCUUGCAAAACGGCACUCUUCCGCCAUGCAUUUUCAUGAUGGUAACACCUGCAGCAAUAGGACUGGCCCAUAAAAAUACUACAAACGGUUCACCUCAUCACACUAUGGCAAUUCUGGGACCACUUAAAACUAACCACCAUUAGAAGUUAAUCACUGUCUGAAACCGUAAUAUUAGCACAUGUAAAUGUUUUAGGAAUUGCUUUUAUUGUUGUGUUAUUUUGUUUGGUCACACUAAUGUGAUUGUGUGACCCUAACCUGUGAGCCGCCCUGAGCCUGCCUUUGGCGGGGAGGGCGGGAUAUAAAGUAAGUAAAUAAAUGAUGUUUGAAAGU